AUGGCCGCCUCCACAACUGGCUCGACGCCUGAGUGGAGCGCUGUCAAGGUGCGACAGACAUUCAUCGACUACUUCAAGAAACAUGAGCACACUUUCAUCCCCAGUGGCAGCGUUGUGCCCCUCGCAGAUCCCACUUUGCUCUUCACAAACGCGGGCAUGAAUCAAUACAAGUCGAUCUUCCUGGGGACCGUCGACCCCAGCUCGGAUUUUGCCAAAUUAAAACGUGCCGUCAAUUCACAAAAGUGCAUUCGUGCCGGUGGAAAGCACAACGAUCUCGACGAUGUCGGCAAAGACAGCUAUCAUCACACUUUCUUCGAAAUGCUGGGGAACUGGUCAUUCGGAGACUACUUCAAGAAGGAAGCCAUCUUCUUUUCAUGGGACCUCCUGACCAAGGUCUACGGACUCGACCCUGAUCGGUUAUAUGUCACAUAUUUCGAAGGCAAAGCCGAUGUCGGCCUCGAACCUGAUACCGAGGCCUUGGAGUUCUGGAAAGCGUGUGGUGUACCUGAAGAUCACAUCUUGACGGGUGACAUGAAAGACAACUUCUGGGAGAUGGGUGACCAAGGCCCUUGCGGUCCCUGCUCUGAAAUCCACUACGAUCGUAUUGGCGGACGCAACGCUGCCAACCUGGUCAACCAAGACGACCCAAACGUCAUUGAGAUCUGGAACAACGUCUUCAUGCAGUACAACCGUGAACCAGAUCGAAGUCUCAAGCCUCUCCCGAACAAGCACAUUGACACUGGUAUGGGUUUCGAACGACUAGUCUCAAUUCUACAGAACAAACCGUCCAAUUACGACACGGAUGUCUUCACUCCCCUAUUCGCGCGCAUUCAGGAGAUCACCGGGGUACGACCAUAUGCUGGCAAGUUCGGCGAGGAGGAUGUCGAUGGAAUCGAUACUGCCUACCGUGUCGUCGCCGACCACGUCCGACUUCUCACGUUCGCCAUUGCAGAUGGUGGUGUGCCCAACAACGUCGGUCGAGGAUAUGUCGUCCGUCGUGUGCUCCGACGUGGUGCCCGCUACGCUCGCAAAUACUUCAACACCGAAAUCGGAGAUUUCUUCUCCAAGAUCGUCCCUACGUUGGUCGACCAGAUGGGUGACAUGUUCCCGGAGAUUCGCCGCAAACAAUCCGACAUCAAGGAGAUCCUCGACGAAGAAGAGGUCAGCUUUGCAAAAACCCUCGACCGAGGCGAAACCAUGUUCGAGAAGUAUGCGGAAAAGUGCAAACAGAACGGAGAGGAGACUUUGGCCGGCGCUGAUGUUUGGCGGCUGUACGAUACGUAUGGUUUCCCUGAGGAUCUCACUCGCCUCAUGGCCGAAGAGCGUGGUCUCUCCAUCAAGGAUGAGGAUGUCCGCGCCGCUCAGGAGAAGGCACGCGACGCAUCAAAGGGAGAGAAGAAGGCGGCUGCGGAAUUAGUCAAGCUGAAUGUUCACGACAUCAAUGCGCUUGAGCAAAUGCCGGAUGUUGUCAAGACUGACGACUCGGCCAAGUUUCAAAAGGCAAACAUCGACGCAACUCUCAAGGCGAUUUACCACAACGGUAAAUUCAUCCAGACCACUGCUGAUAUUCCUGAAGGAGAGCAAUUUGGUGUGAUCCUCGACAAGACCAACUUCUAUGCUGAACAGGGUGGACAGGAGUACGACACUGGUCGGAUUCUCAUCGAUGGUGAAGCCGAAAUUGAUGUUAAGAACGUGCAGGUCUAUGGUGGAUAUGUCAUGCACACCGGUUACAUGAACUACGGCACCCUGAAAGUGGGCGACAAAGUCCUCUGCGAUUAUGACGAACUACGGAGACAGCCGAUCCGCAACAACCACACUGGUACUCACAUUCUCAAUUUUGCCCUCAAAGAAGUCCUCGGCGAUGAGGUCAACCAGAAGGGUUCGCUUGUCGCCCCUGAGAAGCUUCGUUUCGAUUUCAGUCACAAAGCGGGCUGUACCGAUGCUGAAUUGGUAAAGAUUGAAGAGAUCAGCACCAGCUACAUCCGGCAAAACAGCGAGGUCUACUCCAAAGAAGUUCCCUUGUCCCUCGCUCGGGAGAUCCAGGGUGUUCGCGCUGUCUUCGGCGAGACCUACCCCGAUCCCGUCCGCGUUGUCAGUGUCGGCGUCCCCGUCGAGGACCUCCUCGAAGACGUCCACCGACCGGAAUGGAACAAAGUCUCGGUGGAAUUCUGCGGCGGCACCCACGUCCGCAACACCACCGAAAUCAAAGACCUCGUCAUCCUCGAAGAGAGCGGCAUCGCCAAAGGCAUCCGCCGCAUCAUCGCCGUCACCGGCCAAACCGCCCACGCCGUGCAAGAAGAAGCCAAAAUCUGGUCGGACCUCGCGACCACCCUCGAAAGCCUGCCCUACGGCGCCGAGAAGGAAUCCCGGGUCAAAGAAGCCGCGGCGGCGCUGAACCGCCUCAGCAUCUCCGCGCUCAGCAAGUCCGCGCUGCGCGAACGUUUCGCGACGCUCACGAAAUCCAACCUCGACGAGCAAAAGAAAUCGCAAAAGGCCGAAAACGCCCGGGUCCUCGCCCUCGUCAACGACCACUUCUCCGCCAACCCGACCGCCUCCACCCUCGUCCUCGGGCCCGUCCCCGUCUCCGCGGGAACCAAGGCGAUCCAGGAAGCCCUCAAAUUCAUCGCCGCGAAACACAAAGAGAAGUCGGUCUAUCUCCUCGGCACGACCUCCGACGGCGAGGAGAGGAAGGUCAUCCACGGCUGUCACGUCUCCGCCGACGCCCAGGGCAAAGGCGCCGAUGCGGCUGCUUGGGCGGGCGGUGUGGCGGAGAUCGUCGGAGGCAAGGCGGGCGGGAAGGGAGCAACGAGUCUGGGACAGGGGCCCGAGGGAGGCAAGGCCGAGGAGGCGGUUGAGGUGGCGAGGAAGUAUCUGGAGGGGUUGAAGAUCUGA